AUGAAUGUGAAGAGCAUGACUAUAGUCUUGGCUGUGAUACUCUGUGCUACAGCUCUUCAAGGUUUCCCAAUGUUCAAAGCGGGACGUUGUCUUUGCAUAGGCCCUGGAGUAAAGGCAGUUAAAGUGGCAGAUAUUGAGAAAAUCUCUGUAAUUUACCCAAGUAACAACUGUGACAAAACAGAAGUGAUUAUCACCUUGAAAGCACAUAAAGGACAAAGAUGCCUAAAUCCCAGAUCAAAACAAGCAAACAUUAUAAAAAAGGAAGUUGAAAGAAUGAAUUUCUUAAAACAUCAAAAUAUCUGA